CAUAACUCCCUGACAGAUUUACAAGAACACGAAGAAGGUCUUUUGAUAGGGAAAGAUUGGACCUAUCGCAUGGUAAUCGUUUGUGACGUUACAUGUGGUUAUGAUGCAACCAUUAUGACUCGUGUGGUUUUUUUUUAAUGAAAGUCACGACUAAUAGCAAAGGCAAAGGUUAAGCGGAAGAAGAAAAAAAUGGUAUCUACGCCCUUUGGUUUGAAUUGUACUUUUUAGGACCUCGGUGCCCUUGAAUCGGCGUGACUGCCGCGGAAGAUCUUGGCACCAAAUACUAAGAAUGUUAAAAGGAUCUCUAGAAGUUUGUAGAGUGACGAAGACAUGUCGCGUGUAAAAUGGGGUUGUUGGAGGAUUAGCAGCCUAACAUAAUGUUUCACCUGAUUUCUUUUGGGGCGGAGUGAUUAAUUUUGAACUCCCCUCCUAUUUCUCUUUCGAGCACGGACAUGUUACCAGAAUGAAAAUGUUUAUGGUGCCACUUACGAACCCCCAUCUGAUGAUUGACAGUACCGGCAGUUAGUGUAGAAAUUUAUUUCGUAAGGCAAGGUGUGACACUACUAAUAAUCGUGAACGCUAAUAGUAGCAAUGCAUGUGAUCAAGCUUACGAAUGAUAUCUUUUUUGAUCGUGACCAUUUCAAAUGCUGUGUGAAAUACAUUGGAAUAAAUUUAUACAGACUCUGCGAAUUAUGGUUUUCAUGUAAUCAUCAUCAUCAUUACCAUGGCAAUGAUAUUUAAAAAAACAUGGUAUUUGCCUUAUCUCACAGUGAUGGUGAAACUCUCUUUCGAAAAAUAGCGAUUUGGAAUUUGGCUUGUAAAUAUGUAAAGACAAAAUGAAUAAUAUUGUAUUUGUUUCCAACUACAUUACUCAUAUUUAAUGUAAGGGUAAACAGAAGACCUGCAGUACGCAAUGGGUGUAGUUUUUCUUCAAGGGAACUAUUUUUGUAACUUCUCUUUCAGGAGGCGGCAAUUUGUUGUACUCAGCUCACUUUUUUUCCAGGGGUUCCUGGAUGAUGGUAAUAGCGUGGAUUAGCUCACAUAUGUCAGGAACGUAGUAAGUCAAGCAGCCAUCUGCCAUUGACUGGAAGUCACAUGAAUUUGGAGCAGUGAUUCACGUCUUGGUGUUGAGAGCCCGAACAGGCCUCUUUCCGGAUAGAGACAGUUCCCCUUUCCUUUCCAUGUCACUUCGGAGGAACCCAUGAUCCUCAAACGAGAUUCUGCGCUGUCAUCAUGACAAUGAAUUUGAUUUAUUCUGGGCCAGGGUCUGAUGUCACGAAACUAAUCCAGAUAUGUCCUGUCGGUAGACUCCUAUCCCUGAGACGUGACAUCGAGUUACCGCGAUGUUGUGACGCUGUUAAACCACACCAUUUGCAGAUCCUGUCAGGUCUUAUGAAGUUGUCUACUAGUCCUUGACUGCUUGAAGAGUUAGUAAAAAUUGUUAAUAAAUUUGGCAGCUUUUCAAUUUUAUGGGGUGACAGAGUACAUUACCCACCUCAAGAGAAGAGUGUGUAUAAGAUUCAUGAGUUUAUAGAGGUAUCGAGGUAAGCAAGUAGUGGCGGUUGCUAUUCACUUCUAAGUAUGUUUUAAUAUGGAUUCCAACUGAAGUCUAAAUCACCCUCUUUUAUUUAUUAUGUCUUUCAGAUACAGCCCCAGUCACAAUGAAAGCAGAAUCCGAUUUUGAUGGCUUCGUCCACAAGAAAUUCCGUCCGAACGGAGAGAAGCGUGUUUUGUCAACCAGCAGUGCCCCACCAAAGAAACGUCGUGGAAAUCUUCCAAAGGAAGCUGUCAACAUCCUUAAGGCAUGGCUAUACGAGCAUCGCUACAACGCAUACCCGAAUGACCAGGAGAAGCUGUAUCUCUCUCGCAUGGCCAACCUCACGCUUCUUCAGGUUUGCAAUUGGUUCAUAAACGCUCGAAGGCGCAUCCUCCCUGAGAUGAUCCGGCGUGAAGGACGAGACCCUGACAAGUUUACCAUUAGCCGUAAAACCAGCAAGAGUUCCUCGUCCGAUAGAUGCGAGGGUCGCGAAAGAAGCAAUAGCGAGAAGAGCGAUGAUUCCGCAGUUUCCUCUGUAUCCUCAACUGACUGUGCUAUGGAUACCGUGAGCUCCAAUUUCCACGACAAUGAUUCCAACGCCGCUGACAUCAGCUCUGAAGGUGAAUCCGAUAGUGGUUGCAACGAUUGCAGGACCCCCUCGCCAGUCGCUCGAAAAAUGUCGAUGUCAUCCAGCCCCUACGAGUUCCCAAUGGGGGGAAGUGUCCCUACUUACCUUCGUGAUCUUCCAACUGAUAUGAUGCACCAUCUGAGGCUGCAUGAAGCAAGCAAAUACCACUCGAGUCCAUUAUUAAAUGCUCGCCACUCUCCUACCCUUCCGCCUUCACAUCCCUACAUUCCUUUUCUAUACUCAAGAGAAUACCAACAGGCAUUGCCAAAAUCGAAACUUAGCGACCGUAAAUCACCACUGGACUUGUCUCUGAAACUUAACAUGUCUCUGAAACACGAAGUUGACACCCUCGCCAUGCACAAAGCACACGUACGCGCAUUUCCAGAAGACGCCCUCCGCGUUCCUGCCACUGCACACUUGGUUCAACCCCCAAGCAGUCCUUUCAAUUUGUUGGUUGAUGCGGCAAUAUGGAGAAGAGACAACGAAAAACCUGGCCAGGGUCGCCCAACAACGGUCUGCUGACUGUGAGGACAGGAAAAACAGAACAAAAACUUUCCCCAGGCAAUUCCACGCCUAACCGUAGACCGCCAUGUUUGGAAACGUCAAAGUAACCACUAACUAAACAGGUAACUGUGCAACAUGCCAAACUUGCUAUCUCAUCAAAGAUGAUGUUGUACUCGCUCAUUUUUUUUUCAAAUGAAGCAAACACUAAUAUCUUACAAAGUUGAAUGGAAAUUGUGAGAAUCAUGAGGAAAAGCUAUAUCAAAACUUGGAAAACGGCAAAAAAUAAUGUCUGCACGUGCCUUCUUUAUGAUCACGAAAGGUAUAUAAAAUGUGUGAAAAGAAAGAAAAACUAAAGGACAUUGACUUAUCUAGAUACAUCGUUAUAUCCUUAAGUCAAUGAUGUGAAUACUGUAUAGAGUGGAAUGAAUUAAAUAGGAAGAUUAUUAGUAGUGUGAACUUUAAGAAUUUAUCGUUAGAUUAUAAUUCCUAUUGUUAUGUUUGGGGUUGUGCCGGGAAGUCAUUUUCAUUUGCUUUAUUUAUUUUUUGUGUAGAUGAAAUAUACAUGUACAUCGUAUGACAACAAUCUCAGUUUUGUUGAAAAAGUCUUACGGUUAAGGGGUGAUUGUUUUCAGUAUAAAUUCAUUAAUUGUUAUGUUUAAUACUAAAUGACUCUUCCACGGUUCCCUCGUAUGCUCUAAUUUGAUUGAUUGUUGAUGCAGAAACGGAGCUCAUGGCCAACUAAACCAUUGAGUCAAAAUGAAAAGUACUUAUUGUUAUGAUUAUUUCGUAUUAUAUUCAUUAAGAGCACUUCCUUGAAAAUAUUAUAUUAUUUUCUGUAUGUGUUGCGACUCGAUGUCAUGUACCCUCAGUGCCUUACCUGUAGGUUGAAUAUGAGUGCAUUACUUAUUUUGCCAAACCGUCUUCCAAUAAUGCUCUAAUUUGGGAUGUCCCCAUCAGAAUUGAUCGCGGAGAUCUAAAACACGUGCUAUGUCUUCAAAUUAUUUUGUAUGAAUGUAUAUACAGUAUUCGAUAACAAUAAAGUGGUUAUUCCAUUCCAUAACAAUGACAGACUGACCCCUUCGAAACACCUGAUGCUGCUGGUCUUAAUGAUUUCAUCAAAUCAGGGGACUUGGGUUGAUAAUUUGGAAUACUUAAAAGUGAAUGGGGAAACUUACAUGACCAUUUUUAUUUUAAUGUUACGUACCCGUGAUUCACCUUGGUUAAAUUUGUCCAUGUAAAUUAUAUUGUUUGAUACAUGUGGUAUAUGUAUUUUUUUUACCGGUGGAGUGCCAAUCGGAAAUAUCAUAACAUAUCUUUGUUAAAAGCAUAGACAGUCAAAUCAUGCAAAUAUUACAUGGUUACCAACUUCUACAUAAUAUAAUAAACCUGCUUACGAAAAGUUAUUACGUUUGUGGAUUGGUUUAAACAGCCGGUUCUAUGUCAGAUACAUUACUUCAGCUUGGCAAAUAUCGAAAGGAACUCAAAUAUUGACGAAAUUAUUUUGUAAUUUGCUAAGAUAAUUCGAAGAAAGUGACAAUUCAGGGGAUAGAUUGACCAUUAUUUUGCCAAAUAUCAAAAUCUUGCCUGCGUUUUGUUCAGCCGUCGCCACGGUUAUCGAGCCGUAUUCGAAACGAUUAUCUGAACCGUGUCCGAAACGGUUACCUAUAAAAGCCUUUGAUGAAAUAAAAUUAAUGUAUUCCUUAUAGAAGCCACGGCCCUCGCUCAAAGAUUUUAAUUGUGUUUAUUAACGACAAUGCAAUGAUCGCAUUGGUUAAUUGCUGUUUUUUAUGAGACCAUACCUUGAUACGCAUUAGGUGCUUAAAAAAAUGUAUAACUUGCCUUUUUUUUCUUUCUUGUUAUAACAUGUAGGAUAUAUCCAUUUUUAUUACAGUAUUGACUUAAUUCAUGCAUCAUAAGCAAUCCAAUAAUCGUAUGUUUGACAUAUUUAUGUUUCAUUUACAAGUUGGCAAUAAUUCAAGAUACGAUAGGUCGAAGACAAAACCUAUGCAAAGUAUGAUGUUUGGGGCCCAACGUUUUCCUAAAAUUUGUUUUCGUUUUUAGAUUUAUUAAUUCUUAAUCAUUGACUUUGAUUCUUUACUCAAUUGAGCAAGUAUCUUUCAAACAAUCCAUAAUGGUGGUUUCCCUUUUUUCAUAUUUAUUUUUUAUUUUCAUUUUAUUUUUAAGUCCUUCCUCCCCGUCUUCUCUCUCAUUCAUAAAAUAAUAGCAAGAACCAUUAUUAUUAGGUUGCUUUACCGUCCCAGUGCAAUUUAUGUAUUCAAUGUGUAUUCUUUCUGCCCUCCGAAUUUGUACUACUGUGUACCCUGAGUUUUGAUAUCGUAAUUAUUUAAUAACUAUUAUCCGGUGAUAGUUAAUAAUCAAGCACGUCUUGCAAGAUGGCUUUCUCUUAUUUAGUGUUGAUUCAACUUAACUGCAUUUGUCAAAUAAUGUGAAUUUCCUAAUAACCACACGAUGAAAUUAUUUGUUAUCUCAACAUGUUUGAAUAAAGUGAUUUUUUUAAAGAUUGAUUAAUAAAUUCGCUGCACGGGUUAAAAUGGAGUGUAAUUGGAAUUUGGAAUUUGUAUUUGGAAUAUAAUUAAAUAAAUCGCUUUGUGUUUCUCAUAUUUCCUUCGAAUAUGCGGAUUUUAAAACCCGGAAACCAUUAUUUAAUCAAAUUUGAUUUACAGAAGCAAAAUUGAGAACCAUUUGAGAUAGAAAACAUAAUUCAUGCAUAACAUUAUUAGCAAUUAAUCAUAAGCCAAAAUGUAGUUAAGGAUUUAAAUUUACUAACUUGUAAAUAUUGUUUUUCUUUGACCACGUUUAAUAUACAAUAUGGAUUAAUAAAUUUGACUGUGGAAUGCC